AUCCGACGAUCUCCACCCGGACAGGUAGUAAAGCGCGGUCGCCGUCGCCGGCGACCCAUACAGCCAUACUGUUCCACUCGCCCUCGUUUUCUCCGCCACCGAGCGCAUCUCGGCGUCGGCGGCUUGGGGGGAGAGUCAGAGAUGCAUCUGAGCGAGAACGAGGGGAUCGAGGGCGUGCGGUUCGCGGUGACGGGCGGCCAGGGCUUCGUCGGCUCCGCACUGUGCCUCGAGCUGCUCCGCCGCGGCGCCCGGGAGGUCCGCUCCCUCGACCUCCGCGCCUCCUCCCCCUGGUCCGACCAGCUGCUCGGCGCCGGCGUCCGCUUCUUCCAAGGGGAUGUUAGAAAGAAGGAAGAUGUGGGGAAGGCUUUGCGCGGUGUGGACUGUGUUUUCCAUCUCGCUUCGUAUGGCAUGUCAGGGAAGGAAAUGGUACAGGCUGGGCGAGCCGACGAGGUCAAUAUAAAUGGUACAUGCAAUGUGCUGGACGCUUGCCACGAGCAUGGUGUUAGAAGGCUCGUGUAUGUAAGCACGUAUAAUGUGGUUUUUGGAGGAGAGCCGAUUGUCAAUGGGAACGAGGCGCUGCCUUAUUUCCCUGUUGAAGACCAUGUUGAUGCCUAUGCGCGUAGCAAAUCAAUUGCUGAACAGUUGGUGCUGAAGAGUAAUGGCCGGCAAACUAAGAGUGAUAAAAGCAGUCGUCUUUAUACAUGCUCAAUACGUCCCGCCGCUAUCUAUGGUCCAGGUGAAGAGCGGCAUCUUCCAAGGAUACUAUCCCUUGCGAAGUUGGGAUUAGCAUUCUUCAAGAUUGGGGAUCCAAAUGUGAAGUCAGAUUGGGUCUAUGUGGAUAAUCUUGUUCUUGCACUGAUAUUGGCAAGCAUGGGACUUUUAGAUGAUAUUCCUGACAGGAAGGGAAUUCCUGUAGCUGCUGGUCAAGCAUAUUUCAUAUGUGAUGGAUCGCCUGUCAAUACUUUUGAAUUUCUCAGUCCUCUAUUUCAAAGUUUGGAUUACACAGUUCCACGAGUUAGAAUGGAUACCUCAGUUGCUCUUGCCAUCUCAAGAUUUUUUGUGUUCAUGUAUACACUACUCUAUCCAUGGUUGGAUAGUAAAUGGAUUCCUCAGCCUCUUCUCCUUCCUGCUGAAGUAUACAAGGUGGGUGUUACACACUACUUUUCAUAUUUGAAAGCUAGAGAGGAAAUCGGCUAUGUACCUAUGGUGAGCCCGCGAGAAGGAUUGGCUGCAACUAUUUCCUACUGGCAGGAGAGGAAGAGAAAAGAACUAGAUGGCCCAACCAUAUUUCCUUGGCUGUUUGUAACAAUUGGCAUGCUGGCAUUGUUUUCUGCUGCUUACCUUCCACCCGUCGGUCCAUUGAAAUGGGUGCUUGACCUCCAUUUAUUUGUUUUCCGAUCAAAGUUGGUGAUUCGGUUAGUCUUUGUGAUAGCAACUGCAUUGCACGUUGGUGAAGCUGUUUAUGCUUGGUUCUUGGCAAAGAAGUAUGACCCGAGGAAUGCUACAGGUUGGUUUUGGCAAACAUUCAUGCUCGGGUUCUUUUCUCUUCGGUAUCUGCUUAAGAGAAUGAGAGAGUAGAUUUGUGCUGUUAUUCCCUUCACUUUGUCAGGAAAUCUUCAACAGUAAUUUCUAGCUGAAAUGCCUCAGCAUAUGCACUUUUAACUGCUGUGGAACUUCAUUUUUCUGAGUCAUAUGUGACUUCUGUCAGUCUUGAGAAGCAGAGUGUGCAGAACCCAUGGUCUUCUAUGAUAGUAGGUAUUCAGCCAUGGUUUUCGAUCUUGCAUGAAGCCAAACCACACAGCACAUUGUUAGAGUUGCAGCUUGUACCAUUAGCUUAGAUGGCAUUUGUUUUGGGACUGGAGAGAACAAUUGAACAUAAUGGAGUUGUAAGUUGUCAUUGUUACAAUUGGCAUAUGUUUGGAGGCUAUACCAUACUGUACCUCCUAUGCUUUGAAACUGAACUAUAAAUCAAUAAUUGGAAAGCUGAACAAAAGCCAGCUUCUCUUGCCUGUCAGUUACGUACAUAUACAGCACAAACCCUGUCUUUUGCCAAUGCA